UCUGAUACUCCUCGGCCCAACUGAGAGGAGCAUACUCCGAGAUGUGUUCUGCGUGAAAAUGAGCACUUGUUGUAUUUUCCCGGCACUUUAUAGAGUAUAACUGCAAGGCGGAAUUCGCGUGUGUUGUUUUUGAGCGGCCGCUGUGAAAGGAAGAAAAAUGCGCUGUCUGUUUAGUCGCUUGCUAGCUGGACGUAGCUGAUUGCUAAUGUGUUGCUAACGGCUAACCGUCUGGGUUCUAGCGUCACUGCAGUUUGUAAAGGUAUCUUUAAGAUACCCGUGUAAGAAAGAAAUGAUACACAAUAUAACUGUCCGUGUAGUUGGGGAUAAAUGGCGCUGAUAAAUAAGUUUAUUUGUAGUUGUGAAUGUUGACACUCCGCAGUGUCGCUUGCCACCUGAUACAGUCUGCUACCUGUGCGGUGUGUACGCUGCUAGCCACGUAAACUGCUCCUGCUGGUGUUGACGUAGCAGCAGCAGCUAACUCGCCUGUCCCGUAUAGCUAGUUACAUUUUGUGUGACUAAGGUGUGCCAAGUCACUGCCAACCUGCCUAAAAAACCAAUACAUCCUAAAGACCGGACUUCACCGAGGACAUGAGCAAUCUUAACUCAAAAUGCUGUAGCUGGACUUGAACGUGUGACUCGUUGGUGUCCUGGAUGAUGAAGCGGGUCAUCUGGCUGAUAUCAGGAUUAAACAGAAGAAUGAUGAAGCUACUUUUUGCCCUCGCUUUGAUCGCCUACAUCGCCUCUGUCUGGGGAACAUAUACGAACAUGAGAUCAAUACAGGAACAUGGAGAUAUAAAGCUUGAGCAGAGAAUUGAUGAAGCUGUGGCUCCUCUCAGAGAGAAGAUUCGUGAUCUUGAACAAAGUUUUUCUCAGAAAUACCCACCUGUCAAAUUCCUGUCAGAAAAGGAUCGGAAGAGAAUUUUGAUUACUGGAGGUGCUGGUUUCGUGGGUUCCCACCUGACUGACAAACUGAUGAUGGAUGGCCAUGAGGUAACUGUGGUGGACAACUUCUUCACAGGGAGGAAAAGAAAUGUUGAGCACUGGAUUGGCCACGAAAACUUUGAGCUCAUUAAUCAUGAUGUGGUGGAGCCUCUCUAUAUUGAAGUGGACCAAAUCUAUCACCUGGCGUCUCCAGCCUCUCCCCCCAAUUACAUGUACAAUCCCAUCAAAACUCUCAAGACCAACACCAUUGGCACUCUUAACAUGCUCGGUCUAGCCAAACGUGUGGGUGCUAGACUUCUCCUGGCUUCUACUUCUGAGGUUUAUGGAGAUCCAGAGGUACACCCACAGAAUGAGGAGUACUGGGGACACGUGAACCCAAUUGGUCCUCGAGCAUGCUACGAUGAGGGGAAACGUGUAGCAGAGACUAUGUGUUACGCCUACAUGAAACAGGAAGGAGUUGAGGUGAGAGUGGCGAGAAUCUUCAAUACGUUUGGCUCCCGAAUGCACAUGAAUGAUGGACGUGUUGUCAGCAACUUCAUCCUGCAGGCUCUACAGGGAGAACCUCUAACUGUUUAUGGUACCGGUUCCCAAACAAGAGCCUUUCAGUAUGUAAGUGACCUGGUGAAUGGCCUGGUUUUGUUGAUGAACAGUAACAUCAGCAGUCCGGUCAAUCUGGGGAACCCAGAAGAACACACUAUAUUGGAGUUUGCUCGUCUCAUCAAAAGCCUUGUGGUGAGCCGGAGUCAGAUCCAGUUCCUUCCAGAGGCCCAAGACGACCCACAGAGGCGAAGACCCGACAUCCGAAAAGCCAAGAUGAUGCUCGGCUGGGAGCCGGUGGUGCCGCUGGAGGAAGGCCUGAACAAAACUAUCCAGUACUUCAGCAGAGAGCUUGAGCACCAGGCCAACAACCAGUACAUCCCCAAACCUAAAGCCGCCCGCAUGAAGAAGGGAAGGCCCAGACACAACUGAGGUCGUGUUUCCCACCACAGACUCUCCCAUAACAGAGAAGGAUGUUAACACUCCUCAGAGGACCCUCGAAGAGAAACUCUUUUAAAUAUACUGUUGAGUAGAGCACUCUGGGAUAUGGUGUCUUUUUUUUGAGAAGCAGAGACAACUUUUUAGUCUCUUAAAAAAGAUAGCGUUGCCUUGUGUUGGAGCUGCAGCUGCACUGUGGGGUAAGGAUUUCCUUGCCAGAGCUUGCGUGUUGGAUGGACAAGUCUGAAUCAAAAACAGCAAUUUAAGACAAAAAAAAAAUCUGAAACCCAGCCUACAUUUUUUGUGAAUUUGCGCUUUUGCUAUUUAAAUUGCAGACAUGAGAAUCUCACAGUGCUUUGUGUUAAUCAGUUUCAUGGUGUUUUGCCUCCGAAGAUUGGCUACCUGACUCUUUCUUUUUCCCGCUGGUUGUUUGUCCUCUUAUCAGUGGCGUGCCAGCACCCUGUUGGCUGCUUGUGCAGCACACUGCAGGACUGGACAAAUCUUCUAGAAAGACUGUUACAGCAUCAUUAUGUGUUUAUCAGGACUUCAUUGUGUUCUACUUUGUGAAAUUCUCAUUUCAGGAUAUGUGUUAUCAAUUUCAGGUGAAGAUGCUAUUUUAAUAAAAUAUUUACAAUA